CAAAAAUCCAUUACAUUUCAGUGUACCUACUCCUCCACAACAACAAAUUUCAGUAAUUAAAAUCGGAAUACAACAAGAGUCAAGAAAUCUCCUUUUGCAAAGAGCCAAAGAUUGAAACUAACUUAUAAAUCAACCACACCAAAAUACAAAGAGAGAGUAAAGAAAGAUGGCACAGAUUAGCAAUAUGGCACAAGGGAUACAAACCCUUUAUCCCAAUUCCAAUAUUCAUAAACCCCAAAUUCUCACAUUUUCACCUUCUCUUUCUUUUGGAUUGAAAAAUUCAGCAAAAUCUAUGUGGGUCUUGAAAAAAGAUUCAAUUUUUAGGAUUUCAGCAUCAGUGGCUACAACACAGAAACCCACUGAGAUUGUUCUGCAACCAAUUAAAGAAAUAUCAGGCACUGUUAAAUUGCCUGGCUCUAAAUCCUUAUCCAAUCGUAUUCUCCUUCUUGCUGCCCUAUCUGAGGGAACAACUGUUGUUGACAAUUUACUAAGCAGUGAUGAUAUCCAUUACAUGCUUGGUGCGUUGAAAACACUUGGACUGAAUGUAGAAGAAGAUAGCGCAAACCAACGAGCAACUGUUGAAGGUUCUGGUGGGCUAUUCCCUGUUGGCAAAGAGUCCAAUGAAGAAAUUCAACUUUUCCUUGGAAAUGCAGGAACUGCAAUGCGGCCACUAACAGCAGCCGUUGCUGUAGCUGGCGGAAAUUCAAGGUAUGUACUUGAUGGAGUUCCUCGAAUGAGAGAGAGACCAAUAGGUGAUUUGGUUGAUGGUCUUAAGCAGCUUGGUGCAGAGGUUGAUUGUUUCCUUGGUACGAAAUGUCCUCCUGUUCGAAUUGUCAGCAAGGGAGGUCUUCCCGGAGGGAAGGUGAAGCUGUCUGGAUCUAUUAGCAGCCAAUACUUGACUGCUCUGCUUAUGGCUGCUCCACUGGCUUUAGGAGAUGUGGAGAUUGAAACCAUUGACAAACUAAUUUCCAUACCUUAUGUCGAGAUGACAUUGAAGUUGAUGGAGCGAUUUGGUAUUUCUGUGGAGCACAGUAGUAGCUGGGACAGGUUCGCUGUCCGAGGAGGCCAGAAAUACAAGUCUCCUGGAAAAGCUUAUGUGGAAGGCGAUGCUUCAAGUGCUAGCUACUUCUUGGCUGGAGCAGCCGUCACAGGUGGAACUGUCACUGUUGAAGGUUGUGGGACAAGCAGUUUACAGGGGGAUGUCAAAUUUGCUGAGGUUCUUGAGAAAAUGGGAGCAGAAGUUACAUGGACAGAGAACAGCGUCACAGUCAAAGGACCUCAGAGGAAUUCUUCUGGAAUGAAGCAUUUGCGUGCCAUUGAUGUGAACAUGAAUAAAAUGCCUGAUGUUGCCAUGACACUUGCUGUUGUUGCGCUUUUUGCUGAUGGUCCCACUGCUAUAAGAGACGUCGCUAGCUGGAGAGUCAAGGAAACUGAGCGCAUGAUCGCCAUAUGCACAGAACUUAGGAAGUUAGGAGCAACUGUUGAGGAAGGACCAGACUACUGCAUAAUCACCCCACCGGAGAAAUUAAAUGUGACCGAAAUUGAUACAUACGACGAUCACAGAAUGGCCAUGGCUUUUUCUCUUGCUGCUUGUGCAGAUGUUCCAGUCACCAUCAAUGACCCCGGCUGCACGCGGAAAACCUUCCCAAACUACUUUGAUGUCCUACAACAGUACUCCAAGCAUUGAAACCACUUCACUAUAUUGUAGAGUGUAAGUAAGAACAUGUGAAAGAAUUUAGUUCUUGUACAAAACAGGCUAUAACUGGUAUCUGAACCACUCUGGCGUCGACUUCAUAUCAUCUGAACCACUCUGGCGUCGACUUCAUAUCAGAAGGGCAUCGAUCCAAGGCUUCGAAUCUUUAAUUAUUUGUCAUGUGAUGAUAUUCAAUAUUUUUGUUGAAGUUGAGCUUCUUGUUUUUGAAGGAAUGUACACUAAAUAGAGUUAAGAAUAACAAGUAUUGGGACAGUGUAAGGACUACUAUUUUGAACAUGGGUGAUUCAGUUACUCUUUGAGAGUUAUUUUUUAAUUUUAUUAAUCAAAUCUCUGUUGCAUAAUAUUAGCAUGA